AUGAACACUACUCUACAUGACCAGCACGACUCGAACCAACAUGACGACGACGUCCUCUCGCCUCGUAACCCACCAGGCAUCAUUACCGACACGGCGUCUUCGUACACGGCGUCCUCGUACCCAGCCACGAAUGCCUCAGAUCCAGAGCGUGGUGUACUCUCGCCAACAACUCUAGCAGCAGACUCUCCUGUCAGCCUCUCGCGAAGAGUCUCCACACAGUCUCAAGGAUUGAACGUUGACCGAGCUAGCGGCGCCCCUUCCAUCUAUCCCUAUUCGCAAGGCCCGCGACUGUCCUACAUCGACGAGAACUUUGACCAUUAUUCCACCCCACCAGCGAAGCCUGAAUACUUCAACGAUAAAGGAGACGAUACCCUCGUGGACAACGCAGCGGGCUAUGGAGGUGUCCAUAGUGGCAAAUACGAGGAUUUCGAAUUCGCGGAUGGCCAACGCUCCCAACCUGUCUCUGAGAAGCCUUCGCCAUGGGGUCGCUUUCUUAGUAACGGAAAGUAUCCCAUAGAACAACGUAUCGAGGACAAGAAGCGCGGCAUUGGCAGGCAGAAGUAUCCCAUUGUUGUCUGGGCGUUGAGUAUCGCCAUGGUUGGUGUUUUCAUCAACGAGCUCGUCGUCAAUUCGAGGGCACAGGGUACACCAGUGUCGUUCAAGCCCACCGUGAAUCCCAUGCUUGGCCCGUCGACGUCGGCCUUGAUCAAUCUUGGCGCUCGGUUCCCUCCUUGCAUGAAGAAUGUCACCGAUGUGCCCGUCAGCACGCUGUUCCCUUGCCUAAACGAUACCGCCAAUCCCCCUGAUAUCACCUGUGCCAUCUCUGAGAUCUGCGAUUUGUCGGAUGCAAACAACCCCAACCAAGCAUGGCGAUUCGUGUCACCUGUUUUCGUUCAUGCGGGCUUCAUCCACAUCAUCCUCAAUCUACUCGCACAAUUGACGGCCGUUGCUCAGAUUGAGCGGGAGAUGGGCUCCGGAGGGUUCAUCAUCCUGUACUUCGCGGCCGGAAUAUUUGGCAACGUCCUCGGAGGCAACUUUGCUCUUGUCGGCGUGCCUUCCAUGGGUGCAUCGGGAGCUAUCUUCGGUUCAAUAGCAGUUUCUUGGAUAGACCUUUUCGCUCACUGGCAGUUCCAAUAUCGGCCGGUAAGGAAGCUCGUCUUCAUGAUUAUCGAGCUUGUAUUCGUCAUCGCCAUGGGAUUCAUACCAUCUCAUCUGGGAGGUUUCCUCAUGGGAUUGCUAGUCGGCGCCACAUUCUACCCCGUCAUCAGUACGACAAGGAAACAUAAGAUGAUCAUGUGGGGUCUUCGCUUAGCUGCGAUCCCACUGGCCAUCGUCCUUUAUGUCGUCCUCACACGCAAUUUCUACACCUCAGAUCCUUAUGCUGCCUGUAGCUGGUGUCGUUACAUUUCUUGUAUCCCGACUAGUUCGAACAACCAUUGUAAAGGGUGA